GCGCCAAGCCUGCUCCGAGCAGCCGCGGUGCGAUGCCGAGUCUGAGCGGUGCGCACCGCUCCAUCUUGCUGGCGCGCAUGUUCGGCGUCGGGCUCCACCUACUCAGCCCGCUCUUCUGGAUGCUUGGAUUCGGCCGCCUCGCGCUCCUCCUCCUACUCGGCGGCGUCGGACUCGCGCGCGGUGGCGGCGCCCUCGUCCACGGCGCGGUGCCGCCGAUGCUGCGCGAGACGGAGAGGCCGCCGUCAAAGGAGGAGAUGGACGCGGCGGCGGGCGCCGGGCUGUACUGCGUUGCGGGGGUGCGCAACUUCGGGCCAAACCUCGCGUCCGAGUGGGCGAUGGCCCUCGAGAGCCUCGCGUUUGUGUGCACCUAUGGCAAGAAGAAUUGCCUGACGACUGAGAUGUACCGAGGCGAGCUGAGCUUGGGCAAGAUUGCCGGCUUGGUCUGGGGCAAGCUGCGGGAGGGCGUCGUGCGCUGCUAAGACCGCUGCACUCCGGUCAAACUCCGGCCGGCGGUGCAGCGGCUCAGAUCUGCUCAGAUCCUUCGGCUUCCGCAACGAGCACGCCCACCGCACCGGAGAAGUUCACCCCCUCGUCGUUUGAGAUACGUUGUUGUUGUCGGGAGUGGGUUUGAUGGUUUUUGUGUGGCACGUGGGGUGGUCGUGGCAGUUACAGUCGUAUCUGAAUUAGUAUUAGCUAAAAUAACUUGUGU